AUGUCUAAAUUCGAUAAAUUCGUCAUUGAUAAUUGGAGUAAUAUAUUCGUUUGUGCAUUUUUGUGUUUUCUAUCGUUUACGUUAUUCAAUCGUGGAAGUAAAAAUAAAAAUGACGUGAAAAUAGAUGAAAAGAUGAAAAGGAUGAAUCACGAACGCGACGGGAUACACGACGAAGGGGAAGAUGAUUUUGAUGAAAAGGAAUUCGAUGGUGAAAAGUACGUACAAAGUUCUCUACCUGAAAAUUUACAACACGUACCUUACAAAUUUAAUAAAUUACCAAUGGAAGAAAGUUUAAAACGUUCUUUGAAUUUUUACAAUUUGAUGAACGAAAGAAGAACUAUAAGACAUUUUAGCAAAGAAAUGAUAUCCCCGGAAAUAAUACGUAACAUAAUAAAAACGGCAGGUACAUCACCAAGUGGAGCACAUACGGAACCUUGGACAUACGUCACAGUAUCGGAUCCUUUAAUGAAAUUAAAAAUACGAGAAAUCGUCGAAGAAGAAGAAAAAAUCAAUUAUGAAAAAAGAAUGGGUAUUCAAUGGACGACAGAUUUAAAACCGUUAAAAACAAAUUGGAUAAAGGAAUAUUUAACGGAUGCGCCAUAUUUGAUUUUAGUUUUCAAACAAAUAUAUAGUUAUAAAAAUGACGGUACGAAAAAAAUACAUUAUUAUAAUGAAAUAAGCGUAUCGAUAGCAGCCGGAUUUUUAUUAGCAGCCAUUCACAACGCCGGAUUAGUUUCGUUGACUAGCACGCCAUUAAAUUGUGGUCCCGCUUUGAGAAAUUUACUAGGGCGGCCAACUUAUGAAAAAUUAACUUUGUUACUUCCCGUCGGAUACCCGUCGGAAAAUGCACUCGUACCGGAUUUGAAAAGAAAAUCUCUCGACGAAAUCCUCGUCGAAAUUUGA